AUGUUUAAUCCACACGUAUUAGAUUCGCCAGCUGUGAUUUUCGACAAUGGCUCUGGGCUCUGCAAAGCAGGCUUGUCUGGAGAGAUCGGGCCCCGCCAUGUCAUCAGCUCUGUCAUAGGGCACCCUAAGUUCAAGACCCCUUCGGCAGGAGCCAAUCAGAAGAAGUACUUUGUGGGCGAAGAGGCUCUGCACAAGCAGGAGGUCCUACAGAUGCACUACCCCAUCGAGCGGGGCCUGGUCACCGGCUGGGAGGACAUGGAGAGACUCUGCAAGCACCUGUUUGAGUGGGAGCUGGGGGUGAAGGCCAGCGACAGGCCUGUGCUCAUGACGGAGCCCUCACUGAACCCCAGGGAGGCUCGGGAGAAGAUGGCCGAGAUGAUGUUUGAGAACUUCAAUGUGCCUGCCUUCUACCUGUCGGACCAGGCCGUGCUGGCCCUCUAUGCCUCGGCCUGCGUCACAGGCCUGGUGGUGGACAGCGGGGAUGGAGUCACCUGCACUGUCCCCAUCUUUGAAGGGUACUCCCUGCCCCAUGCAGUCACCAAGCUCUACGUGGCAGGAAGGGACAUCACAGAGCACCUCACCCGGCUGCUGCUGGCUAGUGGGCGGUCCUUCCCGUGUGUGCUGGACAAAGCCCUGGUGGAUGACAUCAAGGAAAAGCUGUGCUACGUGGCCGUGGAGCCUGAGGAGGAGCUAUCCCGGAAGCCAGAGGAGGUCCUGAGAGAGUACAAGCUGCCAGACGGGAACGUCAUCUGUGUCGGGGAGCAGCUGUACCAGGCGCCUGAGGCCCUGUUCGCACCCGACCAGUUGGGCAUCCAGAACCCAGGCCUCUCGAAAAUGGUCUCCUGCAGCAUCAGCAAGUGUGAUGCAGACAUCCAGAAGACCCUUUUUGGGGAGAUUGUGCUGUCUGGGGGCACCACUCUGUUCCAGGGCCUCGAUGACCGUCUCCUGAAGGAGCUGGAGCAGCUGGCUUCCAAGGGGACCCCCAUCAAGAUCACUGCUCCCCCCGACAGGUGGUUCUCCACUUGGAUUGGGGCUUCCAUUGUCACCUCUCUGAGCAGCUUCAAGCAGAUGUGGGUCACCUCCGCAGAUUUCAAGGAGUUUGGGACAUCCGUGGUUCAGAGAAGGUGCUUCUGA